CUUCAAUCGGACAAAAACCCUUGCCUGCUGUGGUGCUGCUCCUAAUCCGUUGCUUGCUUCAAAAUCGUCGUCUGAAUUUCCAUGGAGAUUACGCAUAAUUACUUCUGAAAGAACAUACAGCGUUCUUCCAUUCUCAUUCUCUUCAUUCUUCAGCCCUUGUGAUAAAAUUCAGCUCUUUUUAUAAAAGAAGAUGAAUUUAUCUGGAUUAACCGGAAGCCCCACAAAGUAUCGGUUCCACCUCCAUUCAAGAGGUCCAGCUUUACCAUGUAAGCACACUCCAGUUUUCCAAGAUCAUGGUAAACGUAAAGAGUUCAUUUGUCUUGAAAGACGAAAUAAUUGGUCUGGUUCUUCACAAAGAUACACCCCAAGAAGAACUCCUUUGGUAAAAUCUGCCAUGGAUGCUUCUUUUGGUGAUGCUAGAGAUGAAUCAUCCGUUAUCUUUCCUAGAAUCAACAUAAAGGAUCCAUAUAAAAGACUUGGAAUCAGCAAAGAAGCUUCUGAAGAUGAAAUCCAAAGUGCUAGAAACUUCUUGGUUCAAAAAUACGCAGGUCACAAACCAAGUGUUGAUGCAAUCGAAUCUGCACAUGACAAAAUCAUUAUGCAGAAAUUUUACGAGAGAAAAAACCCUAAAAUCAAUGUCAAGAAAAAGAUGAGGGAAGUAAGUCAGUCUCGUGUAGUCCAGACUAUCACAAGCAGGUUUAGAACCCCAGCUACCAAUUUCAUCAUCAAAACAUCCAUAGCCUUUUUGAUACUUGCAGCUCUUACAAUCAUCUUUCCAACUGAAGAAGGGCCCACUCUUCAAGUAGCCAUAUCACUCAUUACCACAAUAUAUUUCAUACAUGAUCGCCUCAAGAGCAAACUCAGAGCUUUUCUUUAUGGGGUUGGGACUUUUAUCGUUUCAUGGCUGUUGGGAACAUUCUUGAUGGUGUCUGUAAUUCCACCAAUACUCAAAGGGCCAAGGAAUUUAGAAGUGACAACUUCAUUGGUAACUUAUGUGCUUUUGUGGGUUUCUUCUACUUAUCUUAAAUAGAGUCAACUGAGUGAGUGAAGUUCAAAAUUUUGGUCAUAAGAAUUAAGAAGGUGGUAGAUUUGUUGGAGAGGUCAAAAUUUCGGGGUAGUUUUUUGCCAUUUAAUGUGUUGUAUCAAGGGUUCUCAUAAUAACAUUACUUUUGUCAUGUGACUUGUUUAUUUGAGCCUUUUUGUUGGGGCAAGUAUCGUGUGGCCUUAGAACAGAGGAUUUAAAUGAUUUUGUUAUGUCCCUAAGCUUAUAGUGUCAAAUUCAUGUUCAGAAAAAAGUAACAAUUUCAUUACCAUUAUGAUUGAAGAGUUAUGUGGAUUCAAAGGCU